AUGCCUGUGACAACGAAGAGUAUCAAACCCAAUAGUGAGAAACUAUUGGCUCUAGCAAUGAAAGAAGUAGUACAAAGAAUGUUGAAGAAAAAUGUUAUGCAAGAAAAAAUGUUAGGAUUGGAACCAAGACUAACAAAGGAAAUGAUAGAAAAUUAUUCACAAGAAAAAGAGCCAAGAAAUUCAAACAGGGAAAUAUUUGUGAAAGACACAAUGCUAAGACUAUUAUCAAGUCUAAUAAAGAAUGUAUCUUACAAAAGAAUGCAAGAAAUUGAAAGAAAACAUAGACAUGAAGGAAGGCAGAGAAGGGAUACAAGAAUAUUGUUAACAAGGACAAAACAAGGGGUAUUACAAGAGGCAGAUCCUAGAAGGUUAUCAAGAAUAGUACUAGAGAUGUCACCUAAACCAGUGGUAGGAGUUUUGCCAGGAAUUGCAAAAGUUAUAACACCUGGCCAAGAACAAAAUGUCUUAACAAGAACAAACCAUAGAAACUCACCUGUAAUAGUGUAUCCUGCAAAUGUACAAAGGAUCUUGCCAAGAAUGAAUUACCAAAAGUUACCAGGAUUAUUACAAAUAUACCAGCCAAAUAUAUUAGAAAGAAACGAGGGGAAUGUAGUAUCCAGACCAUUCCAUGCAAUGUUCCCAGUAAUGGCUCCAAAUGUAUUGGCUGCAUCAAUACCAGCUGUUAUUCAAAGAACACCAGACAACACAGGAACUCAUGGACUUUUACAAGAUGUAAGGCAAGAUAUGUAUAACAAAAACAUUAAUAGAAUGCCAAAAAUGUUACAAAAUGGUGUAACAGGAAUGAUACAAAAUGAGGCACCAGUAAUGGUGCAAAGCUUGGUACCAGAGAAGGUUCAUGGUGUGAUGCCAGGAAUGCUGCAAAAUAGUAUGCCAGCAAUGCUUCAAGAUGGCAUGCCAGGAAUGCUGCAAAAUGGUAUGCCAGUAAUGGCACAAAAUGGUAUGCCAGGAAUGCUGCAAAAUGGUAUGCCAGGAAUGGCACAAAAUGGUAUGCCAGGAAUGCUGCAAAAUGGUAUGCCAGGAAUGCUACAAAAUGGUAUGCCAAGAACGGCACAGAAUGGGAGGCCAGUAAUUGUACAACGUGUAAUGCCACAAUUUCAAGAAAUCAUAUCACCAGGAAUGUUGCAAAAUGGUAUGCCAGUAAUGGCACAAAAUAGUAUGCCAGGAAUGCUGCAAAAUGGUAUGCCAGGAACAGCACAAAAUAGUAUGCCAGGAAUGCUGCAAAAUGGUAUGCCAGGAACAGCACAAAAUAGUAUGCCAGGAACAGCACAAAAUGGAAUGCCAGGAACAGCACAAAAUAGUAUGCCAGGAAUGCUGCAAAAUAGUAUGCCAGGAGUGCUGCAAAAUGGUAUGCCAAGAACGGCACAAAAUGGAAGGCCAGUAAUUGUACAAGGUGUAACGCCACAAUUUCAAGAAAUCAUAUCACCAGGAAUGUCUCAAAAUAUAAUACCAGGAAUGGUACAAGUUAUGAUACCUGGAAUUAUGCAAAAUGUGAUACCAGAAAUAGAAGCAGGAAAAAUGCAGCAUGUAAUAAUUGGAAGAGAUAAAAAAAUGAUAUUAAAACCUGUUCAAGAUACAGCAAAUACAUAUGCCAAUUCAAGGCAACAAAAUGAUGAGAAAAUGUUAAAAAAUGACAACAAACAAGAAAUAGUUAAAAAGAAUUCUAUAAAUAAUUUGAUGAAUGAGGGGGGAAAACAGUCAAUAGAAAAUUGGCAAAUAUCAAGAACAUCAAAUGCACCAUCUCUAGAAUUGAAUAAAAAUCCACAUAAAAUGUAUGAGAAUAUAUUUGAAGCAAAGGAAUUUAAGAUUCAAGGAAUCCCAGAUAGGUCAUCAUCAGGAAGCUUGCAACAAAUGUUACCACAAAUUUCCCAUAGAAUGCAAAUGCUAUCUGGAUCUAUGCAGCAACCACCAUUAACUAUUCAAAAGAUGAAAGUUCAAUUACAACCAUAUAAAUCUGAAAGGAGUCAAUACAUGUUACCUGGAACUGUAGAAAGAAUGGUUGAAGGAACAGUGCAAGAAAUGUUACCUAGGGUUGUUGAAGAAAUGUUAAUAGGAAAUGCACAAAGGAUAUUACCAGAGAAAGAGCAAUUGAUGUUACAUGGAACAGGACAAGAGAUACUCACAGCAAAAGGACAAAGGAUACAACAUGGAACUGGACAGGGCUUGUUACUUGGAACUGGACAAAGGAUACUACCUGGAUUUAGACAAGGAAUGAUACCUGGAACUUGGCAACAGAUGUUACCUGGAACUAACCAACUGAUGUUACCUGGAACUAACCAACUGAUGUUACCUGGAAUUGGACAACAUAGGUUAACUUUAACAUUGCAAAGAAUAUUGCCUGGAACUGGGCAAAGGAUGUUGCCUGGAACUGGACAAGGAGUGAUACUUGGAACUGAGCAAGGAGUGUUACCUGGCACUGGACAAAGAGUGGUACUUGGAACUGGACAAGGGGUGUUACCUGGAACUGGACAAGGAGUGGUACUUGGAACUGGACAAGGGGUGUUACCUGGAACUGGACAAAGAGUGGUACUUGGAACUGGACAAGGGGUGUUACCUGGCACUGGACAAAGAGUGGUACUUGGAACUGGACAAGUGGUGUUACCUGGAACUGGACAAGGAGUGGUACUUGGAACUAGACAAGGGGUGUUACCUGGAACUGGACAAAGGGUGGUACUUAGAACUGGACAAGGGGUGUUACCUGGAACUGGACAAGGAGUGAUACUUGGAACUGAGCAAGGAGUGUUACCUGGCACUGGACAAAGAGUGGUACUUGGAACUGGACAAGGGGUGUUACCUGGAACUGGACAAAGAGUGAUACUUAGAACUGGACAAGGGGUGUUACCUGGAACUGGACAAGGAGUGAUACAUGGAACUGGACAAGGGGUGUUACCUGGAACUGGACAAGGAGUGAUACUUGGAACUGGACAAGGGGUGUUACCGAGAACUAGACAAGGAGUGAUACUUAGAACUGGACAAGGGGUGUUACCUGGAACUUUACAAAGAGUGAUACUUGGAACUGGACAAGAAACGAUACUUGGAACUGGACAAGGGAUGUUACCAGGAACUGGACGAAAAGUGAUACUUGGAACUGAGCAAAGGAUGAUACCUGAAACUGGACAAAAUACAUUACAAGGUAUGUUACUUGGAACUGGACAACAGAUGUUACCUGGAACUGUACAAAUGAUGUUGCCAACAACUAAGCAAGUUUUGUUACCUGCAUUUCGACAAAGGAUGUUACUAGGAACUAGGCAAGUAAUAUCACCUGGAAUUUCACAAAGGGUGUUACCUGGAACUUUAAAAAUAAUAUUACCAAGAACUGGGCAAGGAAUAUUAGCUGUAAGUGAGCAAGGGAUGUCACAUGGAACAGAAAAAGGUGUGUUACUAGGAAUUGAACAGAGGAUGUUACCAGCUACUAUGCAAGGCAUGUUACCUGGAACUGCAAAACGUAUUUUAUCAAGAACUGGGCAAGGGAUGUUACCUGGAAUUAAGCAUGGACUAUUACUCAAAACUGGGCAGGUGAUGUUACCAACUUCUAAGCCAGGGAUACUUUUCAGAACUGGGCAAGUGAUGUUACCAGGAAGUGAGCAAGUGAUGUUACCAUCUACUGAGCAAGAAUUGUUACUUGGAACUGGGCAAGAGAUGAUGCCUGGAAUUAAGCAAGAGAUAUUACCUGGAACUGUAGAAAGAAUAUUAUCAGAAACUCAACAAGAGAUGUUACCUAGAACUCACCAAUGGAUAUCACCAGCAAAUGAACAAGGAAUGUUACUUGGAAUUGGUCAAGGAAUGUUACCUGGAAAUGAACAAGUGAUUUUACCUAGAACUAUAGAAGGAAUAUUAUCAGACACUGAGCAAAGAAUAGUAACUAACACUGGGCAAGGGAUAUUACCUGCAACUGAGAAAGUGAAGUUACUUGCAAUGAGGCAAGGCAUGUUACCUGCAACUGGGCAAGAGAUGUUACCUGGAAUCAAGCAAUGGAUGUUGCCGGGAACUCAGCAAGGGAUGAUGCAUGCAGUUCCACAAAAGACAUUACCUGUUAUUGUGCAAGUAAUAUUACCUGGAACUGGACAACAGAUGUUACAAGGAACUCAGCAAAAGAUAUUACCUGCAACUGAGCAAUGGAUGUUACCUGUAUUUAAGCAAGGGGUAUUACCUGGAAUGGGUCAAGGUAUGUUACUUGGAACUGGGCAAGGGAUACUACCUGGAACUGAACAGGUAAUGCUACCAGGAAGACAAGGUAUCUUUGUACAGGGGAACUUACCAGAAAAUGUGCAAAGGAUGUUACCUAAAAAUGAGAAAGGUGUGUUACCUGUAAAAAUGCAAGUAAUUUUACCUGCAACUGAACAAGGAUCACUACCUGGAACUGUAACAUGGAUUUUACCUAGGAAUGAGAAAAGGAUGUUAAAUGCAACUGGGAAAGGAACAUUAUCUAGAAUUGUGCAAGAAACAUUACCAGGAAUGAAACAAAAAUUCCUUCUUGGAAAUAGGCAAGGUAUGUUACCUGGAACUGGACCAGAGACAUUUGCAGGACAUUUUCAAAAGGCCUUAGUUAAAAAUGAACAAAAUGUGUCACCUGUAACUGGACAACAGAUAUUACCAGAAAAUGUACAAGAAAUGUUAAAUGGUACCAGUCAAGGAAUUUUACCAGUAGAGCAAAGCAUUUUGCCUGGAGUUAUACCAGAAAUAUUACCUGAAACAAGGCAAGUGUAUUUUCCUGAAACUGUGCCCAAUCUGUUAUCUGGAGCUGGGCAAGGAGUAGUAGACGGAAAUGUGCAAACAAUAUUAACUGGAAAUAGUCAGAGCUGGUUCCCAAAUAAUUUGCAAGGAACCAUACCUAAAAAUGUGCAAGCUGUGGUACCUGGAAAUGUACAAGGGACAUUAUUAGGAACAGUGAAAGAAAUACCGCCUCCAGCUAAGCCAGUGAUGAUACCAGGAACUCUUAAAGAGAUCUACCCUGGUAAUUGCCAUUGGACUGUACCUAAAAUUGGGCAAGGGGUGUUACCAGAAAAUGGUCAAUGGAUCUUUCCUGGAAAUAGACAAGAGAUGGUACCUGGAACUGGACAAGGGAUGUUACCUAAAACUGGACAAGGGGUCUUACCACUAACUGAGCAUAGAAUCUUAAAUGAAAAUAUGCAGAGGGAUUUAACUGAAAAUAUUAAUAACAUCUUACUUAGAAAUAGGCAAAAUGUGUUACUUAUACCUGUGCAAGGAAUUUUACCAAGAAAUCAUCAAGGGAUUUCACCUGAAACUGGAUAUAGGGUUUCAUCAGACAAUGUUCAAGGGAACUUCAUUGGAACUAAGCAGGAGAUGUAUCCUGAAUUUGUUCAAAGCUUAGGUAACAAUCAGCAAGGGAGUUUAGCUGUAACUGAGCAUGGAAAUUGGCAAGGGAUGUUACCUGGAGCUGUUAGAGGGGCCUUUCCAGAAACUUUGCAACUGACCUUACCACAAAACAGACAGGGGAUUUUACCUGGAACUGGGAAAGAGUUGUUAGCUGUGCCUGGACAGAGGAUGUUACCAGACACAAAGCAAAGGAUCUUAGUUGGAAUUAGAAAAGAUAUAUCACUUGGAAGUGGGCAAAGUAUGUUGCCAGCAAAUAAGCAAAGUAUCUUACUCCCAAAUGUUCAAGGAGUGUCACCUGGAAACUGGUAUGUGAUUUUACCUGGGACUGGACAAUCAAUGGUAUCAGGGACUAGGGAAAGGAUAUCACCAGGAACUGGAUAUGGAAUUUUACCAAAAAAUGUGCAAAGGAUCUCACUUAGUCCUGGGAAGAUGAUCUUUACAGGAGGUAGGCAAAGUGUGUCACCAGAAGCAAUUCAAGGAACUUUACUAGGAAACAGACAAAUGAUAUUACCAAAAAAUGGUCAAAGGGUGUUAUCUGGAAUUGAUCAAGGGAUAUUACUUGCAAAUGGACAACAGAAGUUUGGUGGACAUGGGCAACAAAUUUCCUCAGGAAAUAUGCAAGGGAAUUUGCUGAGAACUGUACCAGUGAUGUUACCUGGAACUGUUCAAAAUGCAGAACAAUAUACAUCAAGAAUGAUGCCAGAUAUGAGAGGAUUAGCAAUAAUUCCAACGUUAUCACAAGGAAUAAAUCCUAAAAUGUGGCAAAGAACAGUGCCAAACAGGCUAAAUUUGGGAAUAGUACAAAACUCACUAAGUACCACACAAACACGUUUACCUGAAAUAUCAGUAGGAAAAAUGUAUGGAACAUUUACCCAAGCUAAAAAUGGAAUACCACAAAGAGCAAAACACACAAAAUUACAAAACAAAUUUAAAUCAAUACCAGUUAACCCCCAGAUGGGUUUAAUGACUUUUCUGGAAAGUGGAAAUAAUAGACAGAUUUGGAAACCAUCUUCAAACCAACAUCAUGUGGCGGAGUUUGAAUUAAAUCAGGAAGCAGCUGGCUCUAAACUACAAAAAGAUAACUUGGCAGUACCAGUGAAGGGUAUAUUUAUGCAAAAGGUUCAAACGUCUUCAAACCACCAAAAUGAUUCCAAGAAUCCAAAGAGUUUAAAACAAUCAUCAACCCAACAAAGGAGGCAGAACAUCAUUAAAAGAUCUAUUUUUCACAAUCAUGCCUCCGCAUCUGCACCUCUUAAAAAACCAAGAGCUCUGAGAAACAACACAGCUAAUUUAAUCAAUUCAGUAAUACCACAAUUAACAGCAUUUAAGCAAUCAAGUCAUGAGCCAAAAGGUAGUUUAAAACAUCCAUUUUCUGAUUAUAAAUCUCAUGUACAGAUGCUUGAUAAUGGCUUUAGAACACUUUCAAAGAAAGACACAUCUCACCUACAAACAAUAACUAAUUCAGAAAUGUCUCAUUCUCAAGACAGAAACAAAAUACCAAAUACAAAUAUUGGUAUAAAGUCAACUGUAUAUGCAAUGCCAAAUAAUGGAUACACUACACCUUCCACUAAAUACAAGUUUUACACACUAAGACAAAAUGGUAAAAGUUAUUCAAGAUUACCAAGCAAACUGCUACAAUUGCUUCAAUAUAACCAUUUGAAUCUUUAUGCUGGGAAAAAUGUACCAUUUGAAAGUUUUAGAAAGUUAUCACCAAUACUUUACAAUCCCUCUGUGCCUUUUAGUAUACAACAAUCUAGACCUUACAUACUUCAACAAAUACCAGUAAUGAAUUUUGAAAGGCCAGUUACUAGAGAUGGUCCUUACAUAGUAGAACCAGGACUACAUUAUCUUUAUCAGCUACCACCAUCAGGAUAUGAAACUCAUAUUUCAGAAACAGUACCAAUUGGUGCAAACCAGAUAUAUAUGACCAACAGAGGUAAAGUGUCUUAUAACCAGUUUGGAACCUACAACCAAGGUAAAACGUUAUUGAGUAAACCUCCUGUUAAAUAUAAUUCUACAUUAAAGCCAUUACUUAAUCUUGAAAAAAACUCGAAAAUUUUGAAUUCCCUCAAUUUAAAACACACUAACAAAAUUGAACCAAAGACUAAAAAUGUGUACAUAUCAAAAAUUAUUCCUGAAUCAAAUGAUAUUACCAGAAGAAAUAAAAAAACAAUUAGCAAAGAUGUUAAAACUGCACUUACAAGAAAUUCAGAGGGGAUACAUUUGGAUUCCAAUUCUACAAGUAAAAGAGUCUUUGGAUUACAGUGA